AUGGGCCCUCGGUCGACUAAAUGUGGACAGGUUCAUGGCUACUGUCAUUGUGGCCACCUGGCACAUAGAGCCAGGGCAAAGGAGGACUACCUCGCCGCAAGGGUAGUCCUCAAGAAAGCCAUUAGAAAGGCCAAGCGGGAAGCCUGGGAGCAAUUAGUGAGCUCCCUGGGUGACGAUCCGUGGGGGCGCCCGUACAAGAAGACGAUAGGAAAGAUUCGUCGUUGGGCGCCCCCGCAGACGGAGACGAUGGACCCCCAGGCCCUCGAUGGGCUCCUGAACGCCCUCUUUCCGAGGGCGGAAGGGGGCCCUCCUGUGAUCCCUCCCCUAGAAAUGGGGGAGGGAGACUGGGGCGAGGGCCUGGAGGUCACUCUAGAGGAGCUCGCCAAGGCCCGGAGAAGGCUCGGCGGUAAGGGCAAAGCCCCUGGCCCCGAUGCGAUUCCGGGUCACGCUUGGGCUCUCGCGUUGGCCGAAGGGGACCUGUCCACAGCCACAUGCAGGGUCAUGACAGGAUGCCUCAGGGAGGGGCACAUGUCCUCGAGUGGACUAGACCUCCACGACCGCCAGUACGGGUUCAGGCCCGGACGAUCCACGCUGGAUGCAAUCCAAGACCUCGCCUUCACCAAAGAAGGCGGGGUUCAAGGCUGGUGCACUAUGGAGCGCGGUGUCCCGCAGGGGUCGGUGCUCGGCCCCCUGCUGUGGGACAUCGGCUUCGACCGGGUUCUUCGCACUCCGCUCUCCGACGGCUGCCACGUAGUCUGCUGCGCAGACGACACGUUAGUGGUGGUCGAAGCGGAGAGCUGGGGGGAAGCCCGCUUCCGUGCGGAGGUGGCAGUGGCAUCAGUGGUGGGAACCAUCGGGGACCUGGGUCUCAAAGUGGCGCCCCUCAAGACUGAAGCCGUGUUUUUCACGAUGGCAGUCGAGUGGCGCCGCCAGAGACCCGGGUCCCGGCAAUUGGCCCCCAGGGUGCGCGAAGCUGGACUGGCUGUAGCCAGGCUGAUGCGCGCCCAAGGGGGCCCUGGAUGGCAGGCUCACCGCCUGUAUGUCGGUGCGGUUCUCUCGAUCGUCCUGUACGGGGCGCCCAUCUAG